GCCCUCACAUAGCAGUUGCUCACUCGGAUGCAGCGGGUCAGUGGCAGUUUCUCCAACGAGAGUCGGGUGGCGCCCCGGUUUUCUAAUGCGGCCGUCACUGAACGAAAUCAAGUGGCCACACUACCGGUGCGGGUGCUCAGGGACGAGGGACUAAAUGUGCAGAACCGUGAGCACACCCAAGAUGAUUUCCAAGUGAAGAUGGAUGCCUUCGGCUUUGCCCCAGAGGAACUCGUGGUGCAGGUGGAUGGCCAAAGCUUGGUGGUGACCGGCCAGCGACACCAGGAGGGCUCCGACCCCGCCAGAGGCAGCUACCGCCGAAUGGAGCAGAAGGUGCACCGACAGAUGCUACUCCCGCCUGACCUAGACCCGGCCGCCAUGUCGUGCUGCCUGACCCCCUCAGGCCAGCUGUGGGUCCGUGGCCAGUGCAGGGCGCUGCCUCUGUCCCAAGCCCACACCGAUCCAUCCCUGAGGCCCAGGCGACAGGGCUCUAAGAAAAGUUCCACCUAACCUGA